AUGGAAGUCACCAAAGAGGUGAGGGACCCUGAUCCAUUGGACCACCAGGGCCACCCCUCAGCCAGUAGCCAGCAGCUGGGGAGUGGCCUCAGAGGGCCCGAGGAACCAUGGAUAAAUUCAGGGUCCGUAUACUUUAGGAAGGGGUUGUCACCGUCCACUGAGGCCAGCAAUGAUGGGCGCUGUGGCCCAGCCUCCCAGGCCCGCGCUCCUGAGCCCAUUCACUGGCUACUCCAGGACCCCGCUGAUGUCAGCUCCCAGUGUGGCUAUGAGCAGGCCUCCAAAGAUGUCCCGAGUCUCUCCUCCACUAGCCCGCUUCCAAGCCCCAUCAUGGAAGCCCAAGUGCAUCUCAUCACGGAGAACGGGACCCUGGCCCUGCCCCUGUACACGCGCAGGGACACCACCAAUGACCUGAUCCAGCAUGGAUUCCGUCGCCCCUGGCUUCAAGUGCAGGGCUCGAGGGAGGGCAAGACUCCGGCUAAAGUCCUGGUAGGCUGGGGAAAAGGCCCCUGCAGCACCAACCAGAUAGCCCCCCUGGGCAUUAGGACAAGCCAGUGGGCACCCUGUUUCCUUUCAGCAGAGAAUGGCUUGGCUGCAGCCCAAGGUCAGGGCCAGGGCAAGUGCCCGUGUCUGGCUCAGGCUCCUCCAACUCCAACUCAGGCAAAUACUCCAGCUCCGCAGACAACCCCAGCGCCAGCAGCAGUUGAGCCUUACACCAGCAGCCCUGGCCGCCUGACCAACAGCACUGCCAUUACCAAGGGCUUGCCCCAAGAAGACCUGCUCAGGAACUAUGGCAACCAAUUGUCAGAUCUCUUGGAGUCUUCCAAAAUGGUCACAUCCUGCCAGGACAAAGUGAAUUUUGGUUCUCAGUGGAAGCUUCCUGUCCCAGGACCCACUCCAAAAGAGUCCCCAGACCAUGCCCAAGAGUUUGAAGUUGCCAGAAGAAAGGUGUUACCUAAGCAGCCUGAGAGCCCGGCAGAGAAGUCACUGGUCUAUACCUUCAAGCCAGGCAGCCCAACAUCAGUCUUAGGAAGGCCAGGCACCCCCAAGUUCCAAAGAAGCCAGGGGAUCUGCAGCGCUCAGCCAGAAAAGCAGCCACUCAACAUUUGCAACAAUACCUGCUCCAGUGUGCCACCCCCUGCCUGCCAAGUAACCUGCCCCAAGCAGCCCCCAGUCCAGUCUGCCAGAGAAGCCAUGCAGAUCCCCCCCUCCAGUGCUCCUGCCUGCCAGCUCUGGGAUGCUGUGGAAGACCGUGUGCUGGUGUUUGAUAUAGCCACAGGCAGCACCAGGGUGGGACUGCUGUGCCAUGACCCUGUGGGCUCACGGGCAGUACUGGUGGGCCUCGUGCCCAACCACCCAUCCAUGUAUACCCCUGAAAAUAUGCCAUCCACCUGGCCAUUGGCCAUGCCCAUCAUCUCCCCUGACAGCAAUCGCUCCAGCUUCUGGCCCAUCUCAUCAGUGCUGUCCAGCCCCGUGCCGUCCAGCCUCUCAUCUAGCAGCUAUCAAGAGGUGGUCCUAGUUCCCAAAGAGGCCAGGCUCAACCUGGAGUCAUGGGACGCCUGUGGUACUGAGACACCCAUCAGGGUGGGGAUGCUCACUGGGCCUGUUCCGUUGGGGAUGCCCCUCCAAUUUGGUGAGAGGACAUUGAGCCGUGUCCACGAUCUCAGCUGGUCCAAACCUGAUGCUGAAAAAAAUGAAUCUGGUAGCACCAUCUGGAUGCUGGAUGCUUCUGGGAAGCAGGACACUUCUAUGGGCCAGGCCCAGAAACUGCAGUGGAUGAACUCAGAGCCAAUCCCAGAGCCUGCUCCUUCAGCCAAGCCCCAGGAGGCACUCAGAUUCCUGCUCCAGGAGGACAUAGAAAAGCAAAACUGGAAAGAGGUCAAUACUGCUCACUCUGACAAGCCUCGGGCGGAAGGUACUAGGCAGGCGCCCCUCGGUGGUCGGCCCCCUCUAGCAGAGCAGCAUUCCCUCUCUGGACAGCCCUCUCCAGCUGGUCAGCCUCCCUCGGCUGAGCAGCCCCCUCUCUCUGGGACCCCUCUUUCCAGGCAGCUUUCUCUCACUGGGAAGCCUCCCUUUUGCCAAGAAUCCACCAUCUCCAAAGAGCCCGUCAUCUCAAGAGGCCCCACCAGCGAGUCUGGCCAGCCCUCCACCCUGUGCCAGGAAGGUGAGGCCUUGCGUCUGCCCACCCAUGUGGGGGUACUUCGGGUGCCCGUGGUCCCAGAAAAGAACUGUGUCUAUGUGAGCAAAGAAAAGGUGGGCAUCAGUGUUCCUCCAAGCUCCAAUACACAUUGGCUCUCAUCCUGGCAACGUGGCAGCUCUCACAGGGCGCAGGAGGAGCAGCUCUCCCUGAUCACAUUUACCACACCUGGCACUGGCUACAAAGUCUUUCCCGUGGCCGUGGUGGGCACUGAGCCCCAGGGUUCCCGGCUCAAGCUGACAGCUGAGAACACUACAGACUCGUCAGUGGUUACGAACCUUGGCCUGAUCCAUGGGGCCUACUAUGAGCUGGUUUCCUCUGCAAAAGCCCUGCCAGUCAAGUCCCCAGUGCUCUGCUACCACUCAAUGGGCCGCCACCAGAACACGGCGGCUGUGGUGAUUGACACGGGCACAGGCUUCACCAAAUGUGGACUGGCUGGCGAGGACCACAUCCUCAGUGUGGUACCCUCAUGCGUCCAGCUGCUGCAGCAGCCCGUCCAUGACCAGCCCAGACACACGAUGCCUAAGAACAGUGAGGGCUCCUGCUCGGUGCUGAACCGAGGGGUGGUCUCCGACUGGGAUGCGCUGGAGGUGCUGUGGCAGCACCUGUUCUAUUGCAGGCUGGGUGUGAAGCCGGAGGAGUUGGCUGUACUCGUGGCAGACUCACCUAUCUCACCCCGUACCAACCGAGAAAAGGUGGCGGAAAUACUCUUUGAGUGUUUCCACGUGCCAGCCAUGCAGACUGUGCAUCAGGCCCUGCUGGCGCUUUAUGCUUAUGGGCGCACCUCUGGGCUGGUGCUGGGCAGUGGCCAUGGCACCUCCUAUGUGUCGCCCAUCCUCACUGGGGAUCUGGCCCCACGUGACACCUACAGGCUGGAUGUGGCCGGUGCUGACCUCACUGAGUACCUGGCUCAGCUAUUGCUGAGAGAUGGCCACUCACUGCCCAAAGCAGGGCUGGUCAACCAUAUUAAAGAGACCUACUGCUACGUGUCAUUGGACAUGAAAGCCGAGAUGGCCCGCACCCAGGCCCAGGAGGGGAUGAACUUCAUGCUUCCAGACAAGCAGAUCAUCACACUGGGCUCUGAGCGCUUCUGCUGCCCUGAGGCCCUUUUCCAGCCCAAUCUGCUAGGCCUCAACCAGCCAGGCCUCCCACAGCUAGCCCUCCUGAGCAUCAGCCGGCUGGAGGCCAAGCAGCAAGAGCAGCUGCUGGCCAAUGUGGUGCUGGACGGUGGCAGCACCCUGGUGAGUGGCUUUCCUGAGCGCCUGAGACAGGAGCUAGGCCCGCGUGCCACUGUGCUGGGCUCUCCCCACCGGGCAGUUGCCGCCUGGCUUGGGGGCUCCAUCAUGGCGUCCCGGGACUCCUUCCAGAGUCUGUGGCUCAGCCGCCGUGAGUACGAGGAAGAGGGCCCAUGGGCCGUCUACAAGUACCAUCUAUGA